UUUUGGUGGGCGGGGUUAGUGGCAUAGUUUUGACACCUCUCACAAAGCAAUCCGGAAAAGAAGACGUUCUUACUUUCGAUUUGUCUCGCGGCGCAGUUUGGACAGAUAAUCUGUAGAGAGACGAAGUGAAGCUGAAACCAUGAAGACAUUUGUCUGUACACUUCUCGUCGGUCUGCUCUGCCUUCCUCCUUCACUAGCCAAGGCAUCUCCACCCAAGGUUCAGGUGUACAGCCGACUCCCGGGAGAGGUCGGGAAGGAGAACACCUUAAUCUGUCACGUGACCGGCUUCCACCCACCAGAGUUGAACAUCGAGCUGCUCAGGAACAGCCAGGCGAUGGCGGGAGCCCACCAGACGGACCUGGCCUUCGAGGACGACUGGCACUACCACCUCACCAAAAUCGUGCCCUUCACCCCACAGAAAGAAGAAGUGUUCGCCUGCAAAGUGACUCACAUGGGGAAAACCAAGAUCUAUACCUGGGGUACGUGUCCGUCUCUCUCCCACCAUUGAUAUCUGGAUUAGGUUUUCAGUGUCAGUAAUCAUUUAGAAUAAUACAAGACAACCAGACAUCUACACAUUACUACACUUUACCUUUACUGUAAUGACAAAAAACAAAUCUGACACAAAUCAUUAAAGAUGGAAAAGUACAAUUUUUAAGAUAACAUACAAUAUAUAGCCUAUAUAUGAGAUAUGUCUUUCAUAAUCAUAUAAGCAGAAAUGUGUUGAUAUAUCUUGAAUAUAAUAAAAUAGAUAAAUAUAUCUUUUCCUUGUUUGGUCUCACCCAGUAGUCCCAUGUCAUGAUUCCAGCAAUAUCUAUGUGAAUCACAUCUAAUAAUAAUCAUCAUUUACAGCCCAGGUCAUACAGUGAGCCUUACCCUAUCUUUAUUUAAACAAGAGAAGAAGAAACUUAACACAGUGUGUCCCAAUAACUCUUAAUUGACCCACCCAAACGGACCAGGUCUGCUUUAUUACUCUGCUUGUGUGUUUUUUGCACAACCAACGUGUUUAUGAUGUAAUUGUUUACAAUAGGACAAAGUUCUUCCUCCUCCUUUGUCUCUCCGAUGUGCACCAGAUUGAUCAUUUAGGAAUGUAUGUGAAUCAGGGUAGGAAAUUUACAUAUUUUUAGGGGGCAAUUUUUGCCCCCACUGACUGAAAUCCAGGGGCAUUUAAAAAUA